GGGGAGGUGCGUGAUUUGGAUCCGAUUGUGGACAAGCAGGAUUCGCUGGCUGGAGCGCCUCUCUGGCUUCAGGAGCAGCGGGGGCCGGGAGAUUCUUUCUGUGUCGUCCGGAACGAGGUUUGCCGGUGGCCUCUGUUGGGGCGGGGGGCGAUCCUGCGACUCUGCGCUAUUCGAUCGAUCUGUCACGUCCGAGCGCUCGUUCUCUCGACGCGGAACGCGCCGGCGAGGCUGCGACGAGUUCGACAGUCCGCCCGACCGCCCUCCCUCCGAGAGACGAUGAGCUUGCGGAGAGACGAUGCGAGUCGUCAGUUCAGGAGGCAACCGCAGAUGGAUUCUCGUGCGAGUCGCAAUGCCCGUGCUUGAACGGAGGAACGGAAUCGGCUCGCUCUCGCUCUCCCUCGGGCAUGUGAGCCGCGCCUCUCGUUCCUGAGCUGCAUAUUCUCUAGAGGAAAGCUUGGCGGCGAGAAAGCGAACUUUCGAAAUGGGUUGCGCUAUGUCUAUGCCCAAUCCGAGAUGCUGGAUGGACAUUUCUGUUGAUGGCAAUUUAAUCGGUCGACUUGUUAUCGAGGUGCGGGAGGAUGUUGUGCCAAAGACUGCCAAAAACUUUAUUGGUCUAUGUACAGGCGAGUAUGGAAACUCUUACAAGGGAUCAUUGAUUUACCGCGUCGUUCCAGGGUUCAUGGCUCAGGUAAGUUCACUAUCACAUUGAGCUGUUCGCCUUCCCUGGUCUUUCAAUUAGUGUGUAAUAGACUGCUACUCGCCUGCUGAACUUCAAGGUCCGUCAAAGGAAGCCAAAUGAGAAGUAAUUGUGUGAGAGGGCACCAUAAGGUCCUGAAAAUUCCUAAGAGGGGUGGAAUUGAGAAGCUACAAAUUUCACGGUAAUCAGAUCGCUGUCUGUAAUAGAUGGCACCACUUGCAGAUGAUGUGUCGGGACGGAUUUUUCGGAAUGAGAAAUAAGAUGAAGGAAGACAUGCAAGGAUAGUUGGUUGCUUCUGCAUUUCAAGCAUUACAGUGCCAUUCCAACCGUUCAGAACAUGCUCCUCCCUUUGGCCUUUUUCUCUGUACAGCCAAUGAGCACCUCAAUCUUACAGCCACCCAAAGAGAUUUUCAUGUUACCUGGAGGCGAGCCCAAUUUUGUGCUGAAGGGAGGUGACUGCGGCAAGUCAAUAUACGGCAAGAAGUUUGAGGAUGAAAAUUUUAAGCUUCUCCACAAUCAAGUUGGUGUUGUCUCUAUGGCGAACAAUGGGCCCCAUACAAAUGGUACGCAAUUCUUUAUCGUGUUAGGUGACUGCUCAAGCUUGGAUGGAAGGCAUGUUGUAUUUGGCAGAGUAGUCUCAGGCAAAGACGUUUUGGACCAAUUGGAAGCAUUAGGCAGCAAAGAAGGAACAACAUCGAAGCAGAUCAAGAUAACGGACUGUGGACAAUUAUGAGCACUCGAGGUCGAAGAGAACGACUCAACCUCGCCCUCGUCAGUCUAGGCAAUGUACAAAGGUGCUUCAUAUGGUUUCUUGUCACUGGAUGACACAGUACAUAAUUUGAUGACACAACGCUUGUAAAGUAGCUGCAUCACGAUAUCAGGAGCGCAGAAAUCGGUCUCAACUAUUAGAUUCACUUAUAGAGCAGUCUCACAAGAAGACUGGAGUUUCUUGCGAGGACCAGCAGCUUGAUCAACCGAGACAGCAUUGUCUCGAUAGAGAUGUAUAUGAAUACUUAAUGAAUACCCGU